CAUCAGUGGAACAGCGCAUGUAUAGCUAUCCAAGAUGGCGGCUGUAAUGGCGAGUUUAGCAACUUGAAGACACAAAAUCAUCUUUCUUAUCCUUCAGUAUUACUAGCUGGAGAUGUCAGUCAGGGCUGAGGAUAGUGCAGGUUAAAAUGGAGCUGUGCAGGUGCUGUUCUAGAAAAGAAGUAACUGAGCAAUGCAGACAUUGGUGUUCCAUCUAGGACACCUCCCUUCAACCUAAGGCUGACAUUUCUACUAUCAAGUCAAGUUCAAGACCUGCCACCCUUUGAAAGUUUGAAGAAGCUAGUGCAAGAUCUCAUUGUAUAAACGAAAUAAGCUGAAAGAAAACAAGAUGAAGACUAUAGUAAAGUUUCAGGUUCUCAUUGCCUUCUGUUUGGUUGGCACCGUCUUCAUUUUUUCUUACCUUCAUCCGGAGAUUUAUAACUUCAGGAGGACAAACUCCAGUCCCGCGCCCUCCAAACGUAGCCAGACCGUACAGGACGUGCUACAUUCUGUACAGGGCGCAGACUUGGUUAACAACACCCGCGGCGAAGCCGCCGCGAUCGUAGAAGCGAGCCAAAAGACACCGUUGGAUAACCCCUACAACGAGUCCGUUCCCGUCGCGCCAGGCGAAGAAAAGGGUACGGAAGAAAACGAUCCCGCGAAAAACGAGGUGUUGCAGAAGGAGGAUAUUGAGCCACCAGCCGAGGAAAAGAAAACUGAAACGAAAGAGCAGGAGAAAGAAGAAGACAAGAAGGAAGAAAUAAAGAAGGAAGAAGAAAAGAAAGAAGAAGAAAAAGAACAAGAAAAGCAGGAAGAGCCUCCUAAGGAAGAACCUAAAGAGGAACCAAAGGAACCUGAAGAAAAGAUUGAAGAGAAGAAGCCAGAUAUUCCCGAACCUAAGAAAUCCAUAAAGUCAGAGCUAGACCUAAACACGGAGGUUGAAUCUGGAUCGCACAGAAACCCACACCCCUACAAGUUGACAAUGAACCAUCCCGACAAGUGUGCGGACCAGGACGUUUUUCUCAUCGUGAUCAUCAGCACCAUCCACAAGAACGUAGAGAACCGGCGAGCAAUCCGCGAAACGUGGGGCAGCGAGAAUAGCGCUCCCGGAUUUGUCGUCAAGCGCCUCUUCGCCCUCGGUAAGACCAGCGACCCCAAGAUGCAAGCUUUGGUACAAAAAGAAAACGAACAGUUCGGCGACAUUAUACAAGAAGAUUUCGUCGACACCUACCACAACUUGACGCUUAAAACCGUCAUGUGCCUCCGAUGGGUCUCAAACUACUGCGCCCACUCCAAAUUCUUCAUGAAAACCGACGACGACAUGUACGUGAGCUUUGCGAACCUUGCAAAGGUGCUACAGGCCCUUCCUACUGAGAAAGCUCGCCGGAUGGCCAUGGGGUAUGUGAUAUCAGGAGCACCAAUCCGCAACCCCAAAUCUAAGUGGUACAUGCCGAAGGAAACGUAUCCGGGUAACAAGUACCCGCCCUUCUGUUCGGGAACCGGAUACAUCGUGUCUACGGACAUUUGCGGAGAGCUGUAUCGGACAUCCUUAGAUAUGCAAUACCUUUAUCUAGAAGACGUCUUUGUAGCAACGUGCUUUGAGAAAAUCGGUGUGGUGCCACAGGGACAUAAGGACUUCCAUAACUGGAGGGUGGGGUAUAAUUAUUGUACAUAUAAGAGGAUACUGACAGCACAUAUGGUGACGCCACCAGAGAUGAUUAGGAUAUGGAAGGAUCAGAAGGCUCACAAUAGGAGAUGUUAGCAGCCUUUUGGUCCUUCCUUAGCUCUAGAAGAGUUGGUUUGUUCCAAGGCUUCUCUCUGUACAUCCUCCUACACACGGUCUCCGACCGGCUUAUCGCUUAUCUUGGAACCCUGCUACAUGUAUCUGUAGGCCCCCCCCUCGGUUACUGACCGCUGCUUAUAAAUAUCCCUUUUGAAAACUGAAAGGCUAUUCUCUGAUUGGCUGACAGCUGGUUUGUGGCGAUGCUCGAAGUAACCGGGGGUGGCCCUUCAGAUAGGAGAGUCCCCACAUAGGCGAUUAGCUGGUUGUGGACCGUGUGUAGGAGGAUGCUGUCUGUACAGUACUAAACUAUUAGGUACAUGUAGUAGCACUCAGUAAUUGGCUAUGAGGUGUAAGCCAGUUCACUGUUUGAACCCCUUAUGCCCAAGUUGAAAGGUGAGGGCCCAUAAUUUGUAAACAGUUCUUAUCAAGACAUGUAUUAUGUUAAUACAUGUCCAGAAAUGUUUUACUAGACUAAGUAUGUUAUAUCUUAGGGGCCUUCAAUUUUUACCUAUUACCCACAAUGCAUCACACUAUGCAUGUGCAGUUCAAACAGUGGAAUAGCUUAUCAUCCACUGUCCUGAGGGAUCUCUCCUGUUUUAAUUAACAGUGCAAUCAAUUUGAAAACAAAAUUUGAAUACAAUAAUUGAAAAUUUAGAAAUUUGCCACUCAAAGUGUUUGAAAUAACAUUUCAAGGGGGUAUAAUUUCAAAAUUGUAUCCCUUUUAGAAGUCAUCGACCACUAGCCUUUGUCGAAUUAAGUAAGCAGACAAAAAUUUUGAAAAGGAGAGAUCCCUGUCCGCCAUAUUGAAUGGUUAAACCUCCUGGUAGUUGGCAGGUGAAUUUGAAUUUGUAAAGUGUAAGUUGUAGUCAAUGUAAUUAUGAACCUUAGAUACUGUCUACCAUGGCUUUUACGUCACAUGACCUAUAGUGUGUUUGCAUGUCAUGAACUAGCUUUUGAAUGUGGUAAGCAAAUUUAUGGUUCAAACUGUCCUUAAAGAAAUGACGUAAUACUAAUAAUUGUGUAAUUAUGCAAAGAUGAGACCUCUAACUUAUAGUUUAAACAGAUCUCCUCUAGACCAUGCUUAAUGUAUGUCCAGACAUAUUUUGUUUAUGCGUCAGGGGAAUUCAACUUUGACCUUUUACCCACAAUACACUUUACUGCAUGAGCAGUUUGAACCAUGAAUACACUUAUUGUAGCUACUACCAUGCUCAAUUACUUUAUAGUAACAUUGUACAUGACAGCAAACACACUACUAGUAGUAUAUACUCAUCAUAUAUUCCAGAUUGCUAAAGUGCAAUAAAGGCACAAGUAUAUAACCACUGAACAAUGCUGAAUUUUGUAAGAUAAUAAGAGAUAAUCAAUUGUGCAGUACAUGUAAGUGCCUAUUGUUAGAAUAUCUACUAAUUUAAAAGGCCUUGCUAAUUUUAUUUUUUUGGUUGGGGGGUAUGUGAAAGUAACAUUAAGUAGAAAAAGCCUAAGAU